AUGUCCACAUCUUCUUUUGAAUCGGCUGCUUAUCCAAGUACAGUUCCUGCUCUUUCAACAGCAAACAUGAACAAUUCAGGUAAUGUCAGUGCCAAUCUGUCAGUAACAAAGGACAGUGGAAAUACGACAAUUGGCGGAAGUGGUGAUAUACCAGCAACUUCAGACAAAAAGCAAUCGGUGUUUGAUAUUGCAGAAAAUAUAGAGAAGGAUCUAAAUAAAAUGUUAGAGCAACUUAAUCAAACAGACGUCGAGAUUAAUAAAAGAAUAGAUGUUGCCUUGAAAAAAGUUACUUCAUUAUAUGAUAAAUUCAAUUGA